UAGUUAGGCAUUGCAUACAGGUGAGUAAUCACCUGAUUGACUUCUCGCACGUUCGCAACUCCAAAGUUUAACGGUGUUUUCGAGUAACCCGCCGUAUAUUUGGAAAAAGAACAGAGGCAUCAACAGUUCGGUUAAAAAAUACGCUCACAAAAGCGACAUAGCUGCACAAAAUUGAAUGAAGAAGUGAUUUCUUCAGUGGGAUUCAAACAAGUAUCUCGUCAACUUAUCAAAAAUUGGCUCGUCUUGUUUCGAUCCUCUGUGGACUUUUUAGCAGUAUUGUGUGUGCAGAGCCCAUAAAAUAUCCAAAGUGAUUGAAUAUCGUCUUUGCUUGGUAUUAUAUAAUUGUGCCAUAUAUAGAGUAAAUAAGGUAUUGCGGUUAGAAACUCACCUAUUAUAAAGCUCCAACGAAAUCUAUCAUAACAACCCAUUAUCGACGAUAUAAACAGUUCAUCGAGCAAUUGCAGCACCGCAGUGACAACUUUUGCCUAAAUGGUUGCACUGGCACUCGGACCAAGAUGUGGAAGUAUGUGUCUGCUCUAUUGACUCUGGGCUUGACGUCUUCUGCGGUGAAGGGAGGCCCUCUGGAUCCGUUCAGCUGGGCCAGGGCCGAUAAAAUAACCAUCGAUGUAAAUCUGCCUUGGUUGCCAUUUGAAAACGAGACACGAUGUUUCGGUGAAAUUGGCUGUCUCAACAUCACCCGCGAAUGGUAUCAUCUGAUCCACCGGCCAUUCAAUGUCUUCCCACUUCCAAGGAAUAUCAUCAACACACGCUUCUAUCUCUACACGCCAAAGAAUCCCCUUCAGUCGCAAAAUCUCGUGGCCGAGGAUGACAAGACCAUCAAAGAGUCAAACUUCAAUGCUGAUUGGAUGACCAAGAUCAUCAUUCAUGGCUUUAUUGAUACACCACUCUCAAAUUGGGUCUCUGAGAUGCGAGACGAAUUAAUUGCGCGGGGGAAUCUCAAUGUCAUCGUGGUGGACUGGGCUGGUGGAUCACUGCCCCUUUACACCCAGGCGACAGCAAAUACGCGCCUUGUGGGACUCGAAUUGGCUUACUUGCUGAAGAAGCUACAAGAAAUUUCCGGUUUGAGAAUGGAAGAUGUGCACAUGAUUGGACAUUCUUUGGGAGCUCAUACGGCUGCAUAUGCUGCUGAGAGAACUCCCGGAAUUGGUCGGAUAACAGGUCUCGAUCCAGCUGAACCAUAUUUUCAGGGAAUGGGUCCUUCUGUUCGACUUGAUCAAUCGGAUGCCCAAUUUGUCGAUGUGAUCCACACAGACGGCAGAAGUUUCUUCCUUCUCGAGAUUCCCGGCUACGGAAUGUCUCAGCCAUGUGGACAUCUGGACUUCUAUCCCAACAAUGGCAAAGAACAGCCAGGAUGUGCUCUGUCACAGGAAGGUGGCACGCUGAUCCCCUUGACACUCAUAAAGGACGGAAUUGAAGAAGCAUCGCGAGUUCUUUUGGCUUGCAAUCAUGUGAGAGCUAUCAAACUCUUCAUCGACAGUAUCAACGGGAAAUGCCCCUAUGUAGCCCAUCGAUGCCCAUCGUAUCAACACUUCCUGGCUGGAAGAUGCUUCAAGUGUACAUCUGGGAAUUGUGCCUAUAUGGGCUACCAUGCCACAAUGCCCAUUUCUGGCCAUCAGAAUUCUUCUGAGAAUGAUAUUAUAACGUCAGAUGUGAACGAACCAAUGGCUCCACAACCUGGAAAAUACUUUCUGGCCACUGGAAAGGACUAUCCCUUCUGCCAGAGACACUAUAGAUUCACAGUAGAGCUGGCUAAGCCCCGGGAUGCUGAGACAUGGGUACAGGGAUACCUUACAGCGGCCAUAUUCUCAGACCGUGGAGCCGUUCGGGGAGUCGAUCUGACUCCGAGGGGAACGGCUCGUCUAGAACACGGAACAACAUAUCAAGUAGUUGUGACGAAUCCCCACGAUUUAGGUGAUCGCAUCCGAAAGGUUGAACUCAAUUGGACACACGAGAUGAACGUGCUUCAGCCGAGAUCUCUUUGCCUCCUCUUCUGGUGCAACGAUCACUUGUACGUGAAAUCUGUCACCGUUGAGAUUAUGCAAAUGCCAUCGAGAGGAAAGAGAAACAGUGGCUCCUCGAAUAAACUCUGUGCGCCCAAGAGAGAGUAUGCUGAUAUCGCUAAUCGGGGAAUGUCUGUCUUCUACGACAAUUGCAAGAGAUAAAAAUUAACUGGCCAAUGGUCUCAUGUAACGGUCGAUCAACUUUCUCUUUAAGUAUUACUACUGUGUCGUUAAGUACUCCUGAAUUUACUACUUCCAAGGAUCAGUGAAUCUAUGUGAUAAUUAUACAUGAUGUUAACUAGUGUUUACUUUUUGUACCCUGUACAAUGUCUUAUUAUUUUUUUUUUAAUAAAAUACAAAAAUUACCUGAA